AUGGCGGUUACGCAAACCGAGAGCGCCCAGCUGGCGAGUCAGCUCGACGGCCGGGUGAUGGUCAUCCCUGACCUGCGCCGGAUGCUCAGCCACUGGCCGUCCGGGAGGAACAUCCACGCUCCCGACAUUGAGGUGUUGAUCAACGACCUUCUGGACAAGGAUGAUGCUCCUGCACAAGAUAUAGCGAAUAUCAGGGAGGCCAACCCGACGUUGCUUGCGUCCAGCCUCUGGCCAGACGUAUCAAAAGGAAAGCUCGGCACAUUGACGUUUAUGGUCCUCUGGCAGGGUAGGCUCGAUGACUACAUCGAGGCCCUCGAGUAUGAAAGCCAAGGCAAGGCGAAGGAGUUUCGCAGCAACGCCAAAGGGUACAUUGCGCAUUACCUUCAACUCUCAGAGCGGCCCACGGAGCCAGCGAUGACACCCAUCAUCUCGGAUUUCCAACCGGUUGCGAAAAUGAUAUGCCAGCAGUACAACAAAGAUCAGCGUCGGAAGUUGAAGACCAGCCUCUUUGAGUACAUUGAUUCAACGGUCCAGGAGAUACGCUAUAUCGACAGUGGUGAGGUGCCGACGGACCUCAAAUAUGACAUGCUUCGUAAAAGGACAGCGGGCACAGGCCCUCUUUGUGCGUUAGCAGAGUUCGCCUCAGGUCUGGAAUGGCCAUCGACCGUCUUUAACUCUCACCCGUUCAAGAUGAUGCUGCAGUCGGUCGCCAUCGUCGUUGGCCUGACGAACGAUCUGCUCUCUUUGCGAAAAGAGUUGCGCAAAGGGCGAACUCUCAGCGCGGUGCCGGUCCGCCUCUGGAACAACCCGGAUGGUGACUUGGAGGCAGUCGUCGGAGAGGUUGUCGAUGACAUCGAGAAGGCGAUCAGGCAAUUCGACAUUUGCGAACGCAGGCUCGUCAACCAGAGCCAAGCAGACAGCGAUACAACACGGCAGAUCGCUGCGACGCUCAAGACGAUUUUCUCGCAUCCAGUAGGUACAGUGUCGGCGAACCAGCUGCUGAUGGAAGUUUGA